AUGGGCAACACAACGCAAAAGCAUAGGGAAGACUACAAAAUAUUAACAAACGAUGUUCUUAAGCGGUUUCGUUUUCUGACUGGAUUUAGUGAAGAUUUUAUUAGUAGAGAACAUCAAAAAUUUUAUGCUACUGCUAGCAAUGGUCGUGCAAAAAAGUCUCAGAUCGAAGAAUUAUUACACGAUUAUUUGCCAGCAGGAACACGUAAACAUAUGAAACGUUUAAACGAUUCUUUAUUUUCAGCCAUUGAUACAAAUGAUGAUGGUUAUAUUGAUUUUGGGGAAUAUUUAAUAAGUCUAAAAUUUUUUCAGACGGAAUCACCAAUUGUAAAAGCUGAUUUUGUAUUUCGAAUUAUCGACAAGGAUGGCAAUGAUCGUGUGACAAAAAAAGAACUUGAACAUAUACUUACAUGUUUACAAGAAUUUCAUAAAUCUUUAAACGAUAGUGGUGUUACCGAAAUGACCACUGAUGGACUUAAACCAGCAACAGAAAGACUUUUGCAAAAACUCGACCAGGAUAACUCAGGUGAUAUUAGUAUAUCGGAAUUUGUCGAUGGUUGGUUUAAAGACAACACUAUUCGAGCUUUAUUUACUUUUUAA